AUGCGGGGUAGACAGAAACUCUUCACCUUUAUUGCGAAUGAUCCGGUAGGUCUUCCUCAGAACCGCAAAGGAACCCACCGGGCAUGUGGGCAUUGUCGCAAGCGCAAGCGGCGUUGCACCCAUGGACCGAGGGCCUCUCGGCAUCCCGAGACCGAAUCUAGAGAUUGCCGAAUACUUGAUACAUUGUCUCCGCCAGGUGGAAACGCCGAAACAUCCUCAACUCCUGGGCCUAUCGUACCCGUGGAACCGAGUCACCAGCAUGCUCCGAGGCCAGGUAUAGAUAAUGAAGCCUGGUUCGUUGGGGAAACGGACCCGGCAAGUGCAUUCUGGACGGCAGCAGGCUCGUUGAGUCCUAGUCCGAUCCGACGGCAUGAUGUUGGCAUUUGGUUAUCACCAGGGAAGACGGGUUCUGAUCUCGCCAAGAAACCCAAACCAGGAAUACCGUAUCUGAACACUCUGAUAUCCACUGGUCUCCUGCAUUUUCUGCAAGACAAAUGCUCUUUACUUCCAGCUCCAGGCGAUAUGGAAGGUCUUCUUCGAAUCUACCUUCAGAACAUCCAUCCGAUCUUUCCGAUCUUGGACUAUGGAGCGUAUCAAGCAAUGCCCGAUACAUCCCCAGACAAAGUGAUCCUGUCGCAGUCAAUAUGUCUCGCUGCCAGUCUUGAUCGAAAAGCGAAACAGUUUCUCGAUAUACCCACAGUUAGUACAUCGAAAAUUGAUUUCUCUCGAGGCCUCUCCGAUGCAAUCAACACCUCGAUAUCAAUGGGAAUAGUCAGGGACAAGCUGGUUUUGAUACAAGCAUUGUCAUUAACCUCGCUGUUUACCCAGUUCUCGGGAGAUCGACAGGAGUCAGCGGAACUUCUGUAUCGUGCCAUUUGUCAUGCGCAUACCGUUGGCCUGCACCAUCCUUCUCAGCCAGUGACAGAACACGAGCACAUAUAUACCCGGAUGUUCUGCUGUCUUUAUGCGCUCGAUAUUCUCAAUGCUGCAUGCCUAGGCAGACCUGUUCAAUUGCAUCGACGGGAUUUUGGUCGUGAUCUUCCGUCGUCGAUAGCACAACAGGGAAGCUGUUUCCAGCUAUUUCUUCGUACCAUUGCCUUGAUGGAGAGAGUAAUCGAAAUUUAUCGACCUGCUGAAAUUGGAAUCUGGACUGGACCAUUUCCAUCAUUUGAGGAACUAAUGCAUGAUGUCGAGAUAUCAGACACUCCCAUGCAUUUAAUCGGUAUGUUAUUCCAACGAAUGUGA